CAUUUAUUUUGGUUCUGUAAAACAAAAUUCUGAAACCAAACCAUUCGAGAUGCCUCUGAAGUGCAUAGUCCAGUGCGUCCACAAGAUAGCACACAACCUAAUCGCAGCCCGGCCCGCAGUGACGAUUACAAGCGGAGGCUGCCAGGUGCCCGCUAAGAAUGGCCCUAUAGCCAAUAUGAUCUUCUUCGCGGCAAUCGCCUGGCCGCUGUACGUGUGCCUCAUGCAGGACGUAAUCAUCAUGCUAAAGGAAAUGACCAAGAAGAUGACGCGCAAAUAGUUGGAGCGUCGUUUAUAGGGUGAUCAAACACACGUCCAUACAACACACGGGUCAUUCCAUUAACCAACUAAUACUCAAGAUUUUUCGUGCUCAUAUCGUGCACCGCCUGCUCCUGUUAUGAUGCCACCAGUUACCCAAUUCCAGCAUCUUUCACAUUUUUAGGCCAUUGCUGUUGCUCUGCUGCCCUGGCCGUUCCUUUGGGCUACAAAAAACUACACUGAUCAAGUUAAGUUCUAUAAGCGUUACUAUAAUCAAGCUCCUCUCCAUAGAACCGAGGGUUGAGCGGUGGCAGAAGAUCUUCAAAACCUUCUGCCACAUACAGAUACAAGAGUUCUUUUAACAUUUUACAAAAACUUCGACCAUUAAAAACUUACAUAAUACUGCUGCAAAUGUAACCCGAAACCACAAUUACUAAAAUAAACUGUUGGUAUUGCGUGA